AUGUCGGUUCUUUGUUGUUUUUACUCCCAAAGAAGCUCAUCUUCGACGCGGAUUUCAUCAUGGCUAAUGCAGUCUCUGGUGCUGUGCGUCUUUGUCAUGACCGUUGCGCGCGGGCAGGUCCGUUAUUCUGUUCCAGAGGAGAUGACAAAGGGCUCGCUGGUGGGAAAUAUCGUUCAGGAUCUCGGUUUGGAUGUAAAGAGGCUGAAAUCUGGUCGAGCGCGGAUCUUUACGGAGGACAGUCGUGAGUACAUCGGUCUGAAUGUGGAUAAAGGGACUCUGGUAGUGAAAGAGAGGAUAGAUAGAGAGGAGCUGUGCGCCCAAGUAUCUCCCUGCUCCUUACAUUUUCAGAUCAUUCUAGAAAAUCCAAUUGAGCUCCAUAGAAUCGAUGUGGAAAUAUUAGAUAUCAAUGAUCAUGCUCCAGUUUUUGUUAGAAAGGAAAUAAGCUUUCAAAUAAGUGAGCUGGCUGUUCCUGGAGCCAAAUUUUCUUUAGAUAAUGCGCAAGAUUCUGAUGUGGGUUUAAAUACCCUUCAGAAAUACACACUCAAUCCGACUGAUAAUUUUUCUCUGAAAGAACAGAUGGGUAAUGAUGGAUUGAAAUAUGUUGAAAUGAUUCUACAAAAAACACUAGAUAGAGAAACUCAAGAGGAGCAUAAAUUAAUAUUGACGGCAUUUGAUGGCGGCAGUCCUCAGAAAUCAGGCACUAUUAAAAUAAGUGUUCUUGUAAUCGACGCAAAUGACAAUGCUCCUGUGUUUAGUCUCCCCGUGUAUAGAGUUUCCUUAUUAGAGAAUUCAGCAAAGGGCACUGAUGUUGUGAGCGUGACUGCAACUGAUAAAGACAAAGGCACGAAUGCUGAAAUGGCGUAUUCCUUCUCACCAACAUCAGGAAAGGCUUUAGAACUGUUCAAUAUAGAUUCACAAAGUGGUGACAUUAUUGUUAACGGUGACCUGGAUUUCGAGAAGUCAAAACAUUUUCAAUUGCAUGUUGAAGCAACAGAUAAAGGUGGCUUAACAGAUUCCAGUAAAGUUAUUAUCGAAUUAAUUGACGUUAAUGACAAUGCACCCAUGAUAAGCGUAAUUUCAUUUUCUAACCCAAUACCCGAGGACGCAGCGCCAGAGACUGUGAUAGCGAUGCUGAAUGUCAAAGAUUUAGAUUCAGGGAGAAACGGACAGGUUAAAUGUUCUAUUGCUCCAAAUUUGCCAUUCAAAAUACAGUCAUCCACCUCAAAUUUCUAUAGUGUGACAACCGAUCAAUUAUUAGACCGUGAAAAAAUAUCCGAAUAUAAUAUCACAAUAACAGCUAUUGAUGAGGGCUCACCCUCUUUCUCUACUAAUAAAACACUGACUCUGAAAAUCUCUGAUGUCAAUGACAACGCCCCUGUGUUUCAGCGUCAGUCAUACACAGCAUAUGUGAUGGAAAACAAUUCACCCGGAGUCUCUGUCUUAUCUGUUAAAGCGCAUGACAAAGACUCUGGCAAUAACGCGCGUAUGGCUGUUGUUUCUUUUCUCUUUAUCGUGUCUAUCAUCGCCAUACUUGGGACAGAGGAUUUGGAUUAUGUCGGUUCUUUGUUGUUUUUACGCCCAAAGAGGCGCAUCUUCGACGCGGAUUUCAUCAUGGCUAAUGCAGCCUCUCGUGCUGUGCGUCUUUGUCAUGACCGUUGCGCGCGGGCAGAAAAUUCAGCUCCCGAGACUGUGAUAGCGAUGCUGAAUGUCAAAGAUUUAGAUUCGGGGAAAAAUGGACAGGACGGAGGAAAUCCUCCUCUCAGCAGCAACGUGAGCGUGAAAAUAAUGAUUCAGGACCAGAAUGACAACGCGCCUCAGGUUCUGUAUCCGGUCCAGUCAGGCGCUUCUGUGGUGGCUGAAAUAGUGCCUCGUUCUGCAGAUGUGGGUUAUCUGGUGACUAAAGUGGUGGCUGUUGAUGUGGACUCUGGACAGAAUGCCUGGCUCUCAUAUAAACUGCAGAAAGCCACAGACAGGGCGCUGUUUGAAGUGGGCUUACAGAAUGGAGAAAUAAGAACUGUGCGCCAAGUGACAGAUAAAGAUGCUGUGAAACAAAGACUCACUGUUGUAGUGGAGGACAACGGGCAGCCCUCUCGAUCAGCUACAGUCAAUGUUAACGUGGCGGUGGCGGACAGCUUCCCUGAAGUGCUCUCGGAGUUCACUGACUUUACGCACGACAAGGACUACAACGACAACCUGACUUUCUAUCUGGUCUUGGCCUUGGCUGUAGUUUCGUUUCUCUUUAUCGUGUCUAUCAUCGCCAUACUUGAAUAG